AUGGAACAGGUGGCCCCUACUCAGAGCCAGCACUCAGCCGGGGACCCAGAAGAGGAGGAAGGAGAAUAUCCCAACUGGGUGGUCAGCAUGCUCACUACAAUCCUCAUUGUAACCAUCAGUGGUGACAUUUUUGGGAACCUUCUGGUCAUCUCAUCUGUCUUCAGGAACAAGAAACUUCGUAAAGCAGGAAAUGCUUUUCUGGUCAGUCUUGCAGUGGCAGACCUACUGGUGGCAUGUUAUCCUUACCCGUUGGUUCUUCUUGCAAUUUUCAACCGUGGCUGGAGAAUGGGACACACUCAUUGCCUGUUAAGUGGAUUUUUUAUGGGACUUAGUGUUAUAAGUUCAGUCUUUAAUAUAACAGGCAUUGCUGUCAAUCGAUACUUCUACAUCUGUCACCACAGCUGCUACUCCCGUCUGUUUUCCAACACGAGCACCACGUUGUAUGUGGGACUGGUCUGGACAUUAGCUUUUGCAGCCAUUUUACCAAACCUCUUUGUUGGAUCCUUGCAAUACGACCCAAGAGUCUUCUCCUGCACAUUUUCUCAGUCAGUCAGCCCAUUGUAUACUAUUGUCAUUGUGAUUUUCCAUUUCUUUUUACCAAUUAGUGUAGUGAGCUUCUGCUAUCUUCAGAUCUGGAUACUAGUUCUCAACAGUCGGCAUCGGGUGAAACCAACAAGACAGGUCCAUAUCCGGACAUGGCCGAACAACAUGCAAAGUUUUCUCACUAUGUUCAUAGUUUUUGUGCUCUUUGCUGUAUGCUGGGGACCCCUAAAUAUCAUCGGGUUCUUGGUGGGCUUGAACCCACAACUAGGAGAGUCAAUUCCACCCUGGCUUUUUGUUGCAAGCUAUUUCAUGGCUUAUUUCAAUAGUUGCCUCAAUGCUGUGGUGUACGGUGCUCUAAAUAAGAACUUUCGAAGAGAAUAUAGGAGAAUCUUGCUGAACAUUUUUCAGUUGGCUUAA